AUGGCAAGAAAGUCUGGCCUACAACCGCUGACGCUGGACCCUAGUAGAGGAGGAAGUAGAGGAAAUGGUACAGAUCUUACGAGUAACAUUGAACAAAGUCCUUUGAGUGCAAAGUCCCCGAAAUCACCGAGGUCUCCCUUCAGAUUCAAUACAAAGAAAUCACAAUUACAACAUCAAUCUCAGGCUCAGGCUCAGGCUCAGGAUCAGGUUCAGGUUCAAAUUCGAAGUCAAACUCCAGUUCAAGAAGAACAACAACAACAACAAGAACAAUAUCAAAGAGAUCAAACUUCUUCUAUGGAGGAAAGUUCCCAGUCAUCCGGGAAAUAUUUAUCAGCUACCACUGGCAGUGGAAUACCAACAUCACAAACCUUUCCUUCCCUCUCCUCAUUCCAAUCUUCGAAGGCUUCAAAUAAGAACAUUGUGAAGGAAAGACCUUCUCGUACUGGAUUCUUUUCAAAUUAUAAAGCAUCAAAGAGUGCAAGUACAAGUACAAGUAAACUUCUUUCUCACCAAGUGAAUGUUGUGGAGGACAACAAUAACAUGUCUAGAGACACAGACCGCCCUGAGAUGAAUAGGAAGGUUUCAUCACAGGACACUAAAAGAAGUGAAUCAGGUUCUACUCGUACUAGAUCAUUAGUUAGAAAACCCGUCGGGGGUUCGUCAAGAUCUGACGCCUCGUUGGCAUCAUCAAUGAACGACUCCCCACAACCAAAUUCUGAUUCAAAUUCCGGCAGUAAGAAUAUUAAAUUUAAUAAUAAGCCAUUCAGUCUUCUCGGUAGAACUAGAUCAUUACGAGAUGAUCAUAGCCCCGCCGAGACUUCUCCGCCAAAAAAUAAUUAUUUGGACCCCGACCACCCUUCCACAAAUACAAAUCAAUACACAAGCUCCACCAGCUCUGUGAAUACUACAACGCCAGCUCGAAGCGACGACGAUAGGAAUUUUAGGGAGAUGUCGACUCCAACCAAUAUUCGACAACGAUCCGAAGAUCGCCAACCUAGUCGCUCUAGAGAUAAUCGUGGAAAGGAACCCAUGAGGGAACAUACCAGAGAGCAUACAAAGGAUGGUAGCAGAAAUCAAUCAUCCUUCUCUACAACAUUGAAAGAGGCCGGCGGACAUGCAUUCUUCAAUAAUAUUAAAUCGCAAGCAACAAAGGGAGCGGGAGCGAUACACAAGAAUUUUUUUGGCAAGGGAGGGAGAAGCGGUAGCUCUACACAGAAAGAACCCUUGAUCGAUGAUGAGCAUUACGUUUUAAGAGUCAUCAAUAGACCUCUUGUCGAGCAAACGCGACUCACCAGAAUAUCGAAGAGAUUGGAGGAUUCCAGGGACAAAACCGAAUUUUGGAUGCCAUCUUUCCCAUGGAGAGCGAUCGACUAUUUGAAUUACAAAGGAAGUGAUGUGGAGGGACUUUAUCGAGUACCUGGUAGUGGACCACAAAUCAAAAGGUGGCAGAGAAGAUUUGAUGAAGAAAUUGAUAUCGAUCUCUUCGAAUGUGACGACCUCUACGACAUAAAUAUUAUCGGCUCAAUGCUUAAAGCAUGGCUUCGCGAACUCCCCGACGAACUUCUUCCCAAGGCUGCACAAGAUCGAAUUGCCAGAGAGUGUGCGGGUUCUGAGGAGGUUCCACAACAACUUGUUGAUGAACUUUCCAACCUUUCGCCUUUCAAUUAUUACCUUCUAUUCGCCAUCACUUGCCAUUUGUCUCUCCUACUCGCCCACUCCCAAAAGAAUAAGAUGGACUUUAGGAAUUUAUGUAUAUGUUUUCAACCUUGCAUGAAGAUGGACGCAUUCUGUUUCAAAUUUCUGGUUUGCGACUGGAGAGAUUGUUGGAAGGGCUGUAAGACUGAAGCAGCAUAUAUCGAACAAGAAUACAUGCUCUUUGAUCAGAACCCCCCAGGAAGUGCUGGAGGGCGCAGUAGCACUGCCGUCGAAAGCCAUGAUGAAAGAAAUGUUAGCAGCUCCGACAGCAGCAAGCCAUCGAGUGUCAGCCUUGAACAUCAGGGCCAAAAGCAUAGCCACGAGAAGGGACGAAAGGUCAGUGGGGAUAAAGUUCGACGCAGAAGCCCAGACAGCGAAAGAAGUCAAAGUCAGAGAGAAAAUCAAAGUAAGAGAGAAAAUCAUAGGGAGGUUACCAUGAGUCAGAGCAAUAGUAUGAACAGUAUCGAUACUGUCAGCACCACUUUGACCGUUAUGCAAGUAACACCGCCUCGGAAUGGUGAUAUGAGACCAUUGAGUCCCAUCAAACCACUCUCCCCCAUCGGCUUCUGA